AUGCAAGGAAAUACCUUUGCACGCCUACUCGAACGUGUGGCUUCUGUGCCGCAUCGGAGUAUUACAUCCCUGCCGUAUGGUGAGUGGUUUAGUCUCUACGUUCAAGCACUAAAAGAUGCUCGGAGAGAAGAAAGAAUGCCACACGAUAAGGCGGAGCUGUAUGUGGAGCAGCAUGCCCUGGAUGUGGCUCUUCUGAGUAGUGUUGUAUCCCAAAAGUGGUCUGAUGUCGUUCUUCCCAGCGCAAGUAGCAGCACGACGGGCAUAGCAUGGUGUCGCGAGAGUACAGAGGCGGAGUGGCUUCAUCCUUCAAGUGCAAUGCAUAGGCGGGAACUUGUGACGACAUCGUUUCUAGUUGAACCAUUGUUGGCUGGUCGAGCCAUUGCAUCAUGGACAAGGGCGGUGCGACAAGGAAACGCUUCCUUCACUGUCGUGGAAAAAGGUGCAACGGACGAUGGUGGAGCACCAGCCCCAAAGUUGAUGAUAAUGAUUCCCUUCACAACAUUAUUUCAGCUACGAUGCGAGGCUUAUUUGCGUCCUCAGUCGCCUUCAUUGUGUGUAGGGGGUAACAAAACACUGCAGCCUCCACUUUUGCUUCAGGAGCGCAGUGCUCGCCUCUCAACCCUACAAUCUGUACGCCAUUUAAUGGAGUUGCAGUCAGGGAGUCAACGUACGUCGCGUGUUCAAUUUCUUGUUUGGAACCCUGUCAGUGAAUUUGAUGCCAUUAUGCAGAUUUCCCGAGUGCGUGCAGGCCUGCCAGAAACCUUGAGGAACCUGUUCUCAUUGUCGCAUGUGUGUGAGCGCGAGGCUGUGCGGAUUGCCUAUCUUGCGCAUUACCUCAAUUUUUCUACAAAGGGGGCGCCACUGACUCUGUUGGCUCCGCAAUUGCAGUUUGCAAAGUUGCAGCAGUUGGGAAUUACGAAUUUCCAUGACAGGAGUCAAUUAACGCUUGCUGUGGAGGAGCGGCAUCGCGUUUGUGGAGAUUCAAAAGGUGGAUCGCUGCAUCAACAAGCUGUUAAUAGGUGUGGGAAGCUUGUGCGACGCAUGUCAACCCGUGAAGACAAUCUGAGACAUAUCCUUAUUCCAUGA